CCGCCCACAGCCCUCCUCCCCCCUCCCUGCACUGGCAGCAGCAGCACGGCCGCUCGCUGGCUGUUACUUCCCACUUGUGCGUGUGUCCACUCUUCUUCGUCCGACAACUUCAAAAUGGGUAUCACUCGCGACUCCCGCCACAAGCGUUCGGCGUCUGGCGCCCGCCGCGCCCAGUACCGCAAGAAGAGGAAGCACGAGCUCGGCCGUCAGCCCGCCAUGACCAAGCUCGACACCUCGAAGCGCAUCCGCACCGUCCGCACCCGUGGUGGUAACACCAAGUACCGUGCCCUCCGCCUCGACACCGGCAACUUCGCCUGGGGCUCGGAGGCCAUCACCCGCAAGACGCGUCUCCUCCAGGUCCGCUACAACGCCACCAACAACGAGCUCCUCCGUACCCAGACCCUCGUCAAGUCGGCCGUUAUCGAGAUCGACGCCACCCCCUUCCGCCAGUGGUACGAGUCGCACUACGCCCAGCCCGCGUUCCGCGCCAAGGCCGGCACCGCCGCCGCUGAGCCCGUCGAGGAGGUCAAGAAGUCGAACCACGUCCAGCGUGUGCUCGCCGAGCGCAAGAAGGACGGCAAGAUCGACCCCCACCUUGAGCAGCAGUUCAAGACUGGUCGUCUCCUCGCCAUCAUCUCGUCGCGCCCCGGCCAGUCUGGUCGCGCCGACGGCUACAUCCUUGAGGGCAAGGAGCUCGACUUCUACCUCAAGAAGCUCCAGUCGCGCAAGCAGAAGCACGCCGCCUAAGUGGGGUCGCUUGGGGACGCUUGUACGAACAGGAUGGAUUCACAUGCUUCAUUA